AUGACUUUCUAACCAAAAUCUAAAAAAAGCCAUACAGAUAUGAAAAUCAAAAAAAUUAUUUUACUGUCACUUUCUUUGGCUUUGAUUCUAGGCAUUGUGGAGAGCUUUGAGUAUGAUGAUGAAGAACUUAAAUCGGAGGAGGGGAUGCAAAGGAUGUACGAUAGGUGGAGGAAUCAUCACAACGUUCAUUUGGAAGUAAGCGAAGAUGAGAAAGCUGAACGAUUCAAUGUGUUCAAGACCAAUGUGCAACAUGUUCACAGCACAAACAAGAUGAACAAGCCAUACAAGUUGAAGUUGAACAAGUUUGCAACCAUGACUAACCUUGAGUUUACAAGCACGUAUGCCAGCUCAAAGCUUAAACAUUAUCGGGCACUCAGAGGACCUCACAAGAGCAUCUUGAAUCGCAAGAGCAACUUGAAUUUCACGUAUGAGAAGGUCGCUAAUAUCCCGCCUGCUAUUGAUUGGAGGACCCAUAACGCUGUCACCCCUCCAAAGGAUCAAGGAAAAUGUGGAGGGUGUUGGGCGUUUUCAACAGUGGUUUCAAUUGAAGGAAUAAACGCGAUCAAAACCGGGGAACUGGUCUCAUUGUCGGAACAACAACUUAUCGACUGUGCUGAUGGACUCAACCAAGGGUGUAGUGGGGGGAUAAUGGAACCGGCAUUUAUUUUCAUCCAAGAACAUGGAGGUAUAACUACAGAAAAGAACUAUCCUUGGACAUUUAAAGACGGAAUUUGUGAUCCUGCAAAGAUCCGCCAUCCACUCAUAACGAUUGACGGAUUUGAGGAUGUGCCUGAAUGCAACGAAGAAGCAUUAAUGAAAGCAGUCGCAAACCAACCAAUAUCUGCUGCCGUUGAGGCUAACGGUCAUGAUUUUCAAUUCUAUUACCAGGGAGUUUUUACGGGACAAUGUGGAGUGGAUGUUAAUCAUGCUAUAGCAAUUGUAGGAUAUGGUGAGACGCCUGAGGGAAUGAAGUACUGGAUAGUGAAGAAUUCUUGGGGACCCGAUUGGGGAGAAGGCGGAUACAUACGAGUGCAGCGUGGAGUUCCUGAUCCAAUGGGGCUAUGCGGUAUUAAUGUGCAGGCUUCUUAUCCAGUUAAGAACACUAAUAAUACACCCACCUAUCAUGAACUCUAGAGUAACUCUUGAACCAAAUUGAAUCCCUU